GCCACUCGGAAUUCUACAUUGAGGGUUUUCAAGUCUUCAACAACUCGACCGUUCAUUCUAGAAAUUCACCUUGAUUGAUAAUAACAUAGACGUUUCAAAUCUCCAAUUAAUGUUCAAAAAUGGAUAAAUCAUCUGUGACAACAUCAGCAUUACACGUUUCUAACAUAUUCGAUGUUUCUAAUAAAGUCGCGAUCGUGACUGGUGGAGGAACAGGGAUCGGUUCAAUGAUUGCUCGUACUUUAGCUUCGAAUGGUGCAAAAGUUUAUAUAAUCUCUAGACGUUUAGAGACCUUGAAAGACUGUAUAAAAUCGUUCGAGAAAGAUAAUAUGAAUCAUAUUGGGAGAUUGAUUGCUCUAAAAGGAGAUGUAAGUGGUAAAGUUGGGGUUGAAGAAAUUAAGAAAAAAAUGGAAGAAAUCGAACCUUGUUUGGAUCUUUUAAUCAAUAAUGCAGGCAUAACACAUAAACACCCAUUAAGAGAACCAAAGACAAUCGAAAGUAUAUCAAAAGCAAUGUGGGCAGUAGAAGAAGACGAAGCAGAAUCGAUUUAUAAAACAAAUGUUUUAGGACCUUAUUAUUUAUCUGCUGCACUUUUGCCUUUACUUGGUAAAUCGAAAUCUAAUCCACAAAUCAUUAAUAUAUCAAGUGUUUCAAGUUUUAUGAGAAGCGGUAGUAAUACUGGGUUAAUCUAUCCAAUGUCAAAGGUAGCUUUGAAUCAUUUAACCAAAAUCUUAGCAACAGAAUUAUCAGGUACUAAUGUUAGAUGUAAUGCUAUCUGUCCUGGACUUUUCAAAUCCCAAAUGGGCGAUAUGCUAGAAUCUCAACCAGAACUAUACUCUCGUAUAUUGAAAGACAUACCAGCUGGGAGAUCGGGAGCUGAAGAAGAAAUGGCAGGGGCGAUCUUAUUCUUGACUAGUCGACAUCAGAGUUUUGUCAAUGGUGCAAUUAUUCCAGUGGAUGGAAGUAUUCUGGGUGUCAAGCCUGGCACCUAUUAGCUUGAGAUACAUCUACCGCAUCCAAAUAUAGUGUUGCGAUUCAGAAUGAAAAAUUUCAAAGAUAUCCGAAGGGACAGGCUCUUAAAGUUAUUCAAAGUAUUCAAAUGUAAACUUUUGUGUCGAGAUAAGUUAAAAAUGUAGUGUAAUAAGGUGUACAGGGUAGUUUGUUCGAAAUAUUUUGCAAUGUCACACUUGAUUCAGAUUCGAAAG